UACAGUUCACUAUUAAAUCGCCUUACCGGGUAGACGCGAGCUUCUUUUGUUUUUACCAUACCAUUUUCGAUACGCUUACGUCGAUGUAACAUCCAAUCCGCGACCUACUAAUCUUGAUCGGACCCGUACUAUUUCCAAAUUUUUUCCAUAAGUAUUCGCGUGGGAUAUGGGGGAAACAUGGAAACGAGUGUUAGAAAUAAAGUUCCGUUAAAUUGGGGGGGUUGGGGUAAAUUGCACGGAACCGAAAAUGGAAACUGAAAAUUUGAACUUUUUCGGAAGUUGCCUGUUGGUUUUUUGAAUCAUUGGCACGUUGUGUUUGAGAAGACCUAAACAGCCAGCAUAAUCGGCAAAUAACAUUAAUGGAAGUUGUAAUCAAAAACUAAACCAACAAUUCCUCAAAAUCCUCAACAUCACAACAUGGAUACUACAUCGAUGAUACAAAGAACCAACAAGGUGGCGCGUACCAAGAUGAAAACCUGCCAACAAAACCUGCGAAAUCACUGGCAAAGACCGAAACGAAACAUCACAAAAUCGCCUCAAAAUGGUGAUCCCCACAACUAUCACCAUACUCUGGCAUCACAUUUUCGCAACCGGCAUAUUUCUCCUCGAAGCAAUCUGAGACAGGGGAAAAAUCACGUUAAUGGGUUUAAUAAAUAUCGCUUCAAGUAUAAAAAAGGUCAUUACCAUGAAGAGUUGGGUGGCACGUCUGUAGAAGAGAAUAGGUCUGACGAUUAUAAUGGAAAUGAAAAGGGAGAUGAAUUGCUGAAUUCAAAGGAUGAGCUCAUAGUUGGGAAUUUUACAAGGGAGGUCUACAAUGCAAUAUGUCUAAGACUAGGCGAUACAUUACAUAUUCCAGAGGAUUCGGUGAAGGCACUGUUCAAUGACAUGCACUUAUUCCCUUCCGAUACACAAGUAACAAAAAUGCUCCAGUGUGCUAGGCAGUACAGUAAAAAAAAUGGCAGCAAUCCAAAUGGCCUUACCUUUAGUGAAAUGUGCGUUUUCGUCAGGGAAAUGCAGAAUUACCAAAGCUCCAAAGCGCACCGGAAAUUAGCUCAACAAAAAGUAAAUAAAUGUCCUAACGGCAGAUGCGAAGUAUUUUUGGGGGGAUCUUGCAAUCCAACUACCUGGAGAGCGGAUACUGCUAUUCCGGAACUGCAGAAACAUGGCAUCAGUUUUUACAAUCCCCAAGUUUCAAUUUGGGCACCAGAACUUCUAGCUCAGGAACAUGAUGCUAAACAGUCAGCUUCAGUAUUGCUGUUCGUCAUCGAUAGUCAAACAAGAAGUACUGUGGGAAUGCUGGAAGUCGCAUAUCUAGUGGCGUGUGGACGGUGUGUGAUCGUUGUGGCUCAACCUUAUAGGAUAGGACAAACUAUAAUGGGAGAAGUUAUUACAGACAAGGAAUAUUACGAUUUAGUUCAAGGACAGAAAUCUCUACUAGAUCUAAUAAAGUCCAAAGGAGUGCAAAUCCAUACCAACCUGUCUACGGCGUUGCAGUGUACGGCUGAUAUUUUGAAAAAUGUGGCUGUAAACGGAACUAGUCCUGAAGAACAAAUCACCUACAAGCUGAGACGAUUGCGUGAAGUCUAUGAUAGCUACAACGGUCACAUGCAUAUGUUCGAUGUGAUUGACGCCUACCGGCGCUUGACCAAUCAAUCUCUGGAAAUUUCCAAACUUUACAACUACUUCAACUUGCAAAAUGGCAGCAGCACACAUAACGGAGUUGGAAAUAGCACGUCUGAAGAAACUACGUUGAGUUUCGAGAAGUUUUGCACCAUUAUGGCCGAACUGAGUACUAAUGGAUGCGGAAUGUGCAAUAUUGAAGGAAGAGAUUACAUUAGGCCUUUAUACUGGUCUUGUGCUCUUUUGAAGACCAAGUAUAUGGUUAGAAGUAUGGUUCUUCAACCUUUAACCAGCGUUUUAGCAUGGGCAUCACAAACUUUUACCAGAAAUCAACAGACGCAAUGCGGACCAACCCAGAACCAUUCCACUUGUGCAAACAAUCCAUCACAGGAACCAUCAUCACUUGCCUUCGUUCAAGAGCAUCGAUAUGAUGUGUAUUUAGGCGGCAGUCUGUCUACAGGCACAAAGUGGCGAGAAUCCAUUGCCAUACCUUUGUUAAAGGCAAAUAAUCUUCAAUAUUAUAAUCCAGCUAUUAGGGAAUCAGAACAUCCAACAUCAAAUAGUUACAACGAACAGGAAUCGGGAGUAUUGCAAACCAACGUCUCAGAAUGGAAAGAUGAAAUUAGUGCGUGUGAAGUAGCCUUAUUCGUCAUCACAAAUGAUACCCGGUCAUUAACCAGCAUGAUCCUAGCGGCGCAUUAUAUCGGCAUAGGAAAGAAUGUUAUUUUAAGCAUGGAACAGCUGAAUAGCGAACACUGCGUGGUGGCCAAUGAAACUCUCACUAAAAUCGCAAUCAAAGACUACAACCGUGCGCGUACAUAUUUGAGAGAUUUAGCAGAACGUAGAGAUGUUCCUGUUUUCGACAAUGUAGAAGAGGCAGUAACUUGUGUAGUUUUAAAGCUUUCCUCCAAGUCAACAGCGAAAGAGAACAGCAGCGUUCAAAGUGAAUCGACCAGAUAGUAUGGGUCGAAAGAGUAGUGUUUUAAAGUGAUAAAAUAUCUCCAUUUUCUAUACGUUGACUCUAAAUUAUUCUUAAUAACUUUAGGCUGAUUUGUAAAAUAUUUCGUGAAUCCCACACCAAAGCUGGACUUGAAAUCGUUUCUAUAUUACUAGAAACGGUACAAAACAAGGUUUACAUUUUUUUAAAAGGUAUAUGGAUAAUUUUCUAUCUAUAUUCUUCAAUUAUAUACGACUUUUAAGAACGCGGUUCUACGUUUGUUCUCAAAGCUCACCAAUAGGCAGCAGAGAAACGCUCUCUUAUUUAUAUUGAAUUUUAAAGGGCAGUUAAACCAAUACGCUUUUACGUGAUUUCAACACCAUAUUUGGGCAGCUUACUGUUCUAAGCCGUAUAUAAAUGAUCGGAUUUUUGUCUAAACGUAUGUAGCGUAUAUACAAUGUUUUUGUUCCUUAGUUUUCAUAGCAGUUUGUUUCUUAUUGGAAUUAUUUUGCGGUUAUUUGCGAGGAUUAUUUGAAUAUAUGGCAUAUUGAGCAUAUUUAUUAAACAAUAUUCUAAUAGCGGUCGUGCUUUUUGGUUGACUUUUGCGGAUUUUAUCGUUUAACAACAGUAAGUUUUAACAAUUUAAUUAUAGAAAGAUUAUUUACUCGUUUGCGAACAUUUUUUCUAUUUGAUGAUACAUUUUAUUAAUAUGUUGGCAAAAGGCAUGACUCGGUAGUACUAAUUUAAAUUAAUUCAUGUGGGUGUUAUUAUUGUAAUAUUUAGUUUUUGUUCGAAUUUUGUCCAUUAACUAAUUAAAUAUUACAUGUUUAACAAAUACACUGGCUCAACGCCCUGGCAACUCCAUUACAAGUUAGUCUAGAUAUAUUUACUAAUAUAUAUUUGUAAAUAAUUAAUUUUUAUUGUUUUGUACCAUAAUUAUUUAAAAGUUAUUAGUCUUUCAUAUUUACUAUAUUUCGUUUAUUUAAAAAUAAUUUUUUAUAUACAACAGUUUUGUUUAUAGUUAUGUUGGUCCUUUUUACUUGUACCUAUGUAAUUUUUUAUACAUCCAGAUGUCAUGGGAAUAAGUUUAGUCAAAUAUUCUAUGCAGUGUCGUUUGUUUGCAUCACUUCAAUAACAAUUGAAAUUCGUAACGAUGUUAAGAAAUUAAAUUUAUAGAAUAUUUGAUAGCAGAUGGAAUUCACUUCUUCAAACAAUUAGUACUGUUAUUGGUAUUUUUGACUAAACCGCCAAUAUGUUUAGUCUGAAUCGAAGGCAGCCAUAGAAAAUAUAGUUCCUGUAAUAAUAA